AUGAGCUCUCGUCCAGAAUAUGACGCCUACCAAUCUUUCGAAGAUCGCUUCUCCGCUGCCCUCUCUCAGCAGGGAAACUCUCCCCGCCAAGUGUCGUCUAUGGGCUUUGGGGCCCUAGCCAUCACCGAUGGCUCGCCUUCUGCUGCUGCAGCUUCCGCUGCAGUUUCUUCUGCCACCGUGUCCCCCGUUGCGGUUACGACCCCUCUCUCCUCUGGCCAACAGGAGGUCAGACCUGCUCCUGUUGGCCUUUCGCACACGUCAGGCCGUACUGCCACUGUGGUAGAAAUCGAUGAUGAUGAUGAGGAGAUGGAUGGUGACGAGGAGAUGGAUGGUGAUCGUCGUGGUGAAGAGACGGGUGUGUUGGUUGAUGAUGGUGAGACGGGUGGUGCCGAUGAUGAUGAAGAGAUGGGUGAGGAGGAAGACGAGUCGUUUGACAUUGAUCUUGGUGACGAGGAGUUGUUCGAGGAUAGGGAUGGUUGGUUGGCCGAGCUAAGAGCCUUGAGUCCCGUCCGCGUCACCGAAGGAUCUCCCGAGCUUCAUGUGAAGAUACUGGGCUCCAACGGUAGGAAGCGAUUAGCCUACAUGGCGAAGCUCGCCGAAGUGAAGUCCGAGAAACGUCGCCGUUCCCCUUCCGCCCACGACGAAGUAACCCCCCCUUCGGCGAAACGGGUCAAAGAGACCCCUCGGUCCUAG